AUGCGGUCGCAAAGCGAACAAAACCACCGCACACCAAUGCGUUCAAAGUGUAAGAAACGAUAUGGAUUUUGAAGAGGAAACGUUGCUUCUCGCCAUGUUAAUUGACGAAGAUGGUGAACCUCAAAAAAAGAAACGAAGAAUUUGGAUUCACGAUAUUAACUUAACUCGUGAAAUUCAAGGAGAAUUUCACACAUUAUAUCACGAACUAAGAGAGGACGAACAGCGCUUUUUAAUAUAUUUCAGGAUGACUGUAGAAUGUUUCGAUGAAAUAUUAGAUCUCAUAAAAGAGGACAUAACAAAACAGUUUACUCAUUACAGAGAACCUAUAGGACCAGCUGAACGACUAGCUGUAACACUUAGAUAUCUUGCAACUGGAGAUUCAUGUAAAACUAUUGGCCAUAGUUUUAGAAUGGGAUUUCGAACAGUGAGCGCCAUAGUUUUUGAGGUUUGUACUGCGCUUUGGAACCAUAUGCAACCCUUAUACAUGCCUGAACCAACUGAAGAAAUAUGGGAAAAAAGUAUAAAUGGUUUCUACGAAAAAUGGCAAUUUCCAAACUGUUUAGGAAGCAUUGACGGAAAGCAUAUUACCAUAAAAUGUCCGGAUAAAACUGGAUCUAAUUACUUUUGUUAUUUGCAAAAGUUUUCUUUCGUUUUACUAGCUAUCGUAGAUUAUGAUUACAAAUUUAUCUGUUUGGAUGUUGGAGNCAAAUUGAUUUGA